AUGCGCGCCCCCGCCGCGCGCCCCCCGCGACCCCCGCGACCCCCGCGCCCCCCGCGCCCCCGGCCGCCGCUGGCGCUGCUGCCCGCGCUGCUGCCCGCGCUGCUGGCCGCCCUGCUGGCCGCGCCGCCCGCCGCUGCGGCCGAGGCCCCGGUCCUGGUGCGCGUGGACGCGGCCCGCGUGCUGGGGCCGCUCCGGCCCUUCUGGCGGAGCACGGGCUUCUGCCCCCCGCUGCCGCACAGCCGCGCUGACCUGUUCGACCUCAGCUGGGACCAGCACCUCAACCUGGCCUACGUGGGCGCCGUGCCGCACGGCGGCAUCGAGCAGGUGCGGACCCACUGGCUGCUGGAGCUUCUCACGGCCAGGAGGUCAGCUGGGCAGGGCCUGAGCUACAACUUCACGCUCCUGGAUGGGUUCCUGGACCUGCUCCGGGAGAACCAGCUCCGCCCGGGCUUCGAGCUGAUGGGCAGCCCCUCUGGACACUUCACCGACUUUGAAGACAAGCAGCAGGUGUUCGAGUGGAAGGACCUGGUCUCCCUCCUGGCCAGGAGGUACAUCGACAGGUACGGCCUGGAGCAGGUGUCCAAGUGGAACUUCGAAACGUGGAAUGAGCCGGACCACAAGGACUUCGACAAUGUGUCCAUGACUUUGCAAGGCUUCUUCAACUACUACGACGCCUGCUCGGAGGGGCUGCGGGCGGCCAGCCCGGCCCUGCGCCUGGGCGGCCCCGCGGACGCCUUCCGGCCGCCGCCGCGCUCCCCGCUGAGCUGGGGGCUGCUGGCGCACUGCCAGCGCGGCGCCAACUUCUUCACGGGCGCGCGCGGCGUGCGGCUGGACUUCAUCGCGCUGCACCGCAAGGGCGCCGGCAGCUCCAUCCACAUCCUGGAGCAGGAGAGGGAGGUGGUGCGGCGGAUACGGCGGCUGUUCCCGGGGUUCGCCGACACCCCCAUCUACAACGACGAGGCCGACCCGCUGGUGGGCUGGGCGCUGCCGCAGGCGUGGCGGGCGGAUGUCACCUACGCGGCGAUGGUGGUGAAGGUGAUCGCGCAGCACCAGGACCUGCCGCUGGCCCCCGGCGCCGCCCGCCUCGCGCUGCUGAGCAACGACAACGCCUUCCUGAGCUUCCACCCGCACCCCUUCGCGCAGCGCACGCUCACCGCGCGCUUCCAGGUCAACGACACGCGCCCGCCGCACGUGCAGCUGCUGCGCAAGCCGGUGCUCACGGCCAUGGCGCUGCUGGCGCUGCUGGACGGGGAGCAGCUGCGGGCGCAGGUGUCGCGGGCCGGGGCGGUGCUGGACGCCAACCACACGGUGGGCGCCCUGGCCAGCGCGCAUCGCCCCGCCGGGCCCGCCGACGCCUGGCGCGCCGCCCUGCUGGUCUUCGCGAGCGACGACACCCGCGCGCACGCCAACCGCAGCGCCGCCGUGACCGUGACCCUGCGCGGGGUGCCUCCGGGCCCGGGGCUCGUGUACGUGACCUUCUACCUGGACAACCGGUGCUGCAGCCCCGCCGCCGAGUGGCAGCGCCUGGGCCGGCCGGUCUUCCCGUCCCCGGAGCAGUUCCGGCGCCUGCGCGCGGCCGAGGACCCCGUGGCCACCGCGCCGCGCCCGUUCCCCGCCGGCGGCCGCCUGACGCUGCGCCGCGCGCUGCCGCUGCCCGCGCUGCUGCUGGUGCACGUGUGCGCGCGGCCCGCCGAGCCGCCCGGCCAGGUGACGCAGCUGCGCACGCUGCCCCUGACCCGCGGGCAGCUGCUCCUGGUCUGGUCGGAUGAGCGCAUGGCCUCCAAGUGCCUGUGGACGUACGAGGUCCAGUUCGCCCCGGACGGCCAGGCCUUUGCGCCCGUCCCCCGGAAGCCGUCCACCUUUAACCUCUUCGUGUUCAGCCCAGACACGGCUGUGGUCUCCGGCUCCUACCGGGUUCGAGCGGUGGACUACUGGGCCCGGCCCGGCCCCUUCUCGGACCCAGUGCGGUACCGGGAGGCCUCUGCCCCCUGA